AGUCCGCGCCCAGCGCCCACGGGAUGAACACCGGCCGAUGAGUCGAGCUUCCCUGGGUCCACUGACGAAAUAUUUCCGCGGCGAGUUCGCGCCCUGACGUGGUCGAAACUGCUACAGCUCCUCCACAGAUAUUCCAAGGAAAAUUAUUUGAAAUAUAUAUUAUGGAGCUGAUAUUAGAAUAAGCAUUGUGAGAUGAGAUAUCAAAGCGAGAAUGUAUGGAAAAGCUCAGUAAUUUAUUAGGGUAUAUUCUUAUGAAGGUGUUGCAAACAGAUACAUAUUACUACUAAAAAUGUGUUGGAAGUGAGAACAACGUCAAGAAAAUUAAUAUUUUUAAGAAAAGAUUCCAUUGGAAACAAACUUUCUUUCCUAAUUUUACAUAGUUAUUUUUCGUAAGUUUAUGAUUUCGAUUUUCGUAAAUUUUACUUAAAGGUUUUCCGUGAAUUUCAAAAGGAAAAUAAAGACAAGGUCAGCAAAUACAAUUAUAUAUAAUUGUAUGAAGCAAAUAGUUUAUGUGAUAUUGAAACAAGAAAAGAAGUAACAUACUUCUACAAAAAGUCUUUCGUUGUGUUCAGUUGUAUGUUUAUUCAAGUGUAUAUUUUCAGUGAUUAAAGAAAUUCCGUUAACAAACUUUUCUGAAUCUUAUAGUUUACUAAUAGUGUUUUAAUAAGUUGGUGUGUGAAAGGUCUUUCCAUGUCAGUGAAAUUAAUAAAAUAUCAUUGAAAACAAUAAUGUGAGAAAAAAAUAGUUCGUAUAAUGUGAUUGAAAAUUAUCUAGUGAUCGAAGUGAGUGUCUAUAAAAUCUGAUAUGAUGCGCUCUUGAUAUUUAUUCGGCGUAAGAAUUUAGGAAAAUAUUCGACGAAGGAAUAUCUUUACAUCCGCAUAGAUAAGUGAGUGGUUUCUGUCUUCAAUCUGGAACCACUCAUGUACCAAAUAUGUCUCGGCAUCGACCAUCUGGCAUCCUGCUGAUGACGUCAUACUGCUGCCAACCUGUUAUAAACACCGUUGACGGUACAUGAGCUUCUGAUUGGCGGACUGCAUUACCAACAGCAAGGAUGCUACCAACUAACGUCAUCUCUCUUGUGAAAAAGAUGGUGACAUCCGAAGGGGUUCCGAAUCAAGGGGCCUACAGCUCCGGGACGGCGAGAGCGGACAACAGGGACGGUGGCACCACCUUGUCGAAACUCAAGCAACACCUGACUUCGGGGCUCGGGACAGUGUCCAAAUUAUCGACGACAAGAUCGAGCAGCAACUCCAGCACGGAGGCCCCAGUCCCGUCUUCGUCGGGGCCCGGCCUCGUCCACCAGCAGUCUGUUGUUUCGUCCGAGGAAAGGUCUCUCCUGCAGAAGGUUUGGGACAGGAGCGAACGCUUCGAUGCAACUGAUACGAAAUUGCUACCACCGCUAAUCUCAACGCCUACAGCGCCCUCUGUAGGAGUUUUGGGACCUGGUGCCGGUGGAGGAGGGGCUUCCCCUUUAACGUCGCCUACAGGAGCGAAGCCUGGGGAUGGGGGCGCCCUCCCCAUCCCCCUAAGGCCCGGAAGGGACCCUGGGUCUUCAUGUAGGGUUUGCGUUAAGACUCUGGGCGAGAGCGAGUUCUUCAAAGUCUGCGACGAGUGUGGUAACAAAGUCUGCGAGGACUGCGCUUCCUACUCCUCAAACCAGAGCAAUGAGGGCGAGGAGGCGAAAUGGAACUGCAGCAUCUGUAGGAGACGCAUCUCCUCCAGGGCCAAGCUGGAGAAGCCCCCUUCCAUAGAGGGAAUAGGAAUCACGCCCCAGAUUCCUCCCAUCCUGCCCCCUCCAAGUCCUGGCGCUCCUACCGCCCUCAAUCUCUUCGCUGCUAUGGCUUCCUCCAUGGGCGUCCAGAAUAAGAACCCGACAACGCUGACCCCAAACUUCUCGGCUGUCUCCGGGGACGCUGCCCUGACCACCGGCCAGCCCUUGGCCAACGGCUACGCCAACUACCGAAGGAGAUCCGUUUGGGCCGUCAGUCCUCAGAAGUCCAUCGAGAAGCCGAAGCUCCUGGAGAGGUCCAAGUCCAAGGACGACACCUUCAAGGACGUAAAGUCCACGUCCAUCAUCCCUACGGAGGGAAAUCGAGAGCCCAGGGCCGCUUCCAAAGGUCCUCUUCCUGCAGACGGGAGUCGGGAACCGAGGGAACCCAGAGAGCCAAGGGAACCCAGAGAACCAAGGGAACCAAGGGAACCAAGGGAACCUAGAGAGCCAAGGGCUCCUUCCAAAGGUCCUCCUGGGGAGAGGCCGGAAGGUCGAAGGCCUAGAGAUAAGUCCCGAGAAAGGACGGCGCCCCCACGACGCGCCCACGACGACGACCACCUGCGCCCGAAUUCGCGCAUGAGGCAUCGCAGGAUGAGCGACUACAGGCUUCACGAAGCGGGCGCCGGAGAGCUACUUCCGGUCCACACUCUCCACGCAGCCCGUAGCGAGAUGGACAUUUCGAAGGUCAGGCGGAAAAGCUGUACUAAUAUACAGAUGACGCGACCCCCUGACUUCGGCAGCGGCGGCGGCAGGAUGGUCAACGGCACCGGGGGCGGCGAGGAUCUGGGCGAUAAGUGGCGUCAGAAGGGCCGGAGGAAAUCCAUCAGGCGUCAGCAGUCCUACGAUGAGGAGGAACACAAUAAAGAGAAGGAAGCCAACGCCCUUUCUCCAUGGGCGGCGGGAGAGCCCCCCGUCAGACGCCACUCGAUGCAAGGACCCACCAGGAGGGAGGAGGCCCUCGAGGCUCACAAGAGGGCGAAGCAGUCGUUGGACGUGCCCCAGUAUGGCCGAGGGCAUCACCAGGCUGAUCAGGAUACGGCUGUGGAUUCGGUGGGGAGCUCCGCCCAAAGCGGGUCGUCAUCGAGGAUGCCCAACGAGGGUGACGUCAACGCCGAGGCUCCAACUGGCGAGAGAGGAUCCUCCGUGGGCAUCGACGAUGCCUCCAGGACGUCUACAAGAAGGAGGUCCUCCUACAGGAAUUCGGGGGACAUGGACCAAGAGGCGGAUCAGGUGGAGAAUGAAGAUCAGUCAGCUGCUGGAGGCGACUUGUCCUUGCAAGAUGCCGGCAGUGGAGCAGCGUCUUCCGGCGGGAAAGGGACCCUCAGGAGGAGUGGCUCUUCUAGCCUGGAUGACGAAAGGCGGGGUGACACGAGAAGAAGAGGCUCCGCUCACCACGAGAGCGGCCGAAGGAUUCAGCCCAUCCCAGCGUCAGUUAGAGACCCCUACCAGGGACCUCCCCAGCCGGGCACGGCACCCCAAGCAGGGGUAGGCGUCGUGGGUAGGGAGGGCGGAAGGAAGCCCCGAAUCACGCAGUCCUUAGAAGUAAACACAUCCUGCGACUUAGGGAACGAAGGACCUCAGAGGCAGAAUUCCGUUAAUGACGGAGAGACGAUUAGGAUUGUUAUUCUUGAUGUUGACGUCGAACGGAAGAAAGCUCUCGAACAGGGAAGGCGACGUGUGACAAUCCAGCGAGACUUGACGGAUCCAGGACACAGAACCCGUGGCCUUGGCAUGAGGGUAGUCGGUGGGAAGGUCGGCUCCGAUGGGAGGCUCUUCGCCUACGUCGUCUGGACCGUCAGAGGAGGACCUGCCCACAACGCCGGUGUCGUCAAGGGUGACAAAGUCCUGGAGUGGAAUGGAGUGGAGUUGACAGACAGGAGCUUCGAGGAGGUGUGCAGCAUCAUGGAAGAGGUCAACCCGCAGGAAAACACCGUCGAGCUCCUGCUCGAGUCCAGCAAUGACCUGUCUCUGGAUUCGAGCGACGAGCCAAGUGCCUUACCCCAACAGACCAAGAAGGGAUCCCUGGAGUGCAGGUCACCCUCAGAUCCUGAAAGUGAUAAGUUACCUUCAACGUCAAGUAUCCGAAGAAAACUUCCUCAGAUUCCGGGUGACCUGAUCAGGGAGCCAGUGAGCGGGAAGCUCCAAGUCCAGCUGUGGUACGACCAGGACAAGCAGCACCUGAUAGCCACUGUGGUUUCGGCCCACGACCUCCGUUUCAGAGACUCGUCUACGUGUUAUGCACCAGAGGCCUUCGUCUGCCUCAGGCUCUACCCUUACAAUGACUGCCGCUUGUUCUCGACGGGCGUGGCCGAGUCUUCGUGCAAACCCCUGUGGAACUCGUCCUUCAUCUGGGAGGGACUCGGGGCCGACCUGCUCCUGGGGCUCACCCUCGAGCUGACGGUGUACGACUACGUAGAAAACGGAGAUAACGGAUUCUUGGGAGAGACACUGAUCGACCUCCGGCACGCCUACUUGGACGAGCGCCCGGUCUGGUACCGCCUUCAGGAGAGGCGGUCUCGCUCUGCUAACGCCACGCCCAGAGGAUCCAUCGUUUCUACCCACGACUUCCCGAUGCCCAUCUUCAGGAGACCUUCGUCUGCGCGAUCUGGCUCAGAAGAUAUCAACGACGGGGGAUUCGACAGCAGAAGUUCUUCUCUGGAUUCAGGUCUCUUGCACCCGGAUAUUGCCUGGAAUCAGUCUAGGUCGUCCUCAAGGAGAAGCUCCUGCUUCAGCGAGCAAGACGACAACGAGGACUACCAACUGGGCCGGCGCUACCCACACUCCAUGCCCCAGUCCAGAAGGUCCUCCAUGAGCUACACCUCGAACCACAGCCUCGAAAUCAAGGCGGAGGACCUCGAAGCCCGCCUCGCCAUCUCCAUGAGUCCUAUCGAGCGCCGAAGGAGCCACAGUUUCCGCACGGCUGUUGGUGGGGAGUUCCUGCUGGCCAUCGAGGAACAGCAGAGACCCCGGAGGGCAUCCUCCCACAGCAUUCUCACCAGGGCGGGAACCGGAAGGACUCCGAUCGAUCCCAGAGUUUGGAAAGAUGUAUACGUGAUGAGCUGAAAGUAGUUAUUCCCCUUGAUAUUGAUGUAUUGCAGUUAAAAGUUUUCUAUCGUGAUAUUUAAUGAC